GCCAGCCAGCCCAGCCUCGCCCCCCCUUCCCUGGAGCCAGACCCAGCUCGAUAUGGGGGCCUGUGAACAGCCCCCUCAAGCAGGCAAGUCUCAGGCCCAGGGAGGAGAUGUGUGCGUGGUGCCGGGGGAGGGGCAGGAGCAUCGCAUCAUCUAACAGGUUGGUCGGGCUGGGAGGCGUCCCGCCCUCCUGGAGCUAAUGAGCACUGUAGGACAGGUGUUUGCUCCUCAGUCCCCAGCCUGCCCUGCCUGCGACCAGAGCCAGCUGCCUGCCACCCCGCCAAGGCUCACUCACACCCCCGUGCCCUCCCGCGUCCCGGGCCCGGGGGCCGCGAUGGCCUGCCGCUCCUGCGUCGUUGGCUUCAGCAGCCUUAGCAGCUGUGAGGUGACCCCUGCGGGCGGCCCUCGGCCUGGGACCUCGGGAUGGGGCAGCUGCGGGACCCCCGGGCCAGGCUUCAGCUCCCGCAGCUUCACAAGCUGCGAGGCAGCUGGAACCAUCCCCAGGGUAACCGUGAACCCCAGCCUGCUGGUGCCCCUGGACCUCAAAGUGGACCCAGCCAUCCAGCAGCAGAAGACCCAGGAGAAGGAGGAGAUGAAGGUCCUCAAUGAUAAAUUUGCCUCCCUGAUUGGCAAGGUGCAGGCCCUGGAGCAGCGCAACCAGCUGCUGGAGACCCGCUGGCGCUUCCUGCAAGGCCAGGACUCCAGCACCUUCGACCUCGGGCACCUCUAUGAGGAGUACCAGGGCCGGCUGCAGGAGGAGCUGCUCAAAGUGAGCCAGGAGCGAGGACAGCUGGAGGCCAACCUGCUGCAGGUGCUCCAGAAGGUCGAGGAGUUUCGAAUCAGGUAUGAGGAGGAAAUCUCCAGGCGCACAGACAUGGAGUUCACCUUCGUCCAGCUGAAGAAGGACCUGGAUGCGGAGUGUCUUCGUCGGACCGAACUGGAAACCAAGUUAAAAGGCUUGCAGAGCUUCGUGGAGCUGAUGAAAAACAUCUAUGAGCAGGAGCUGAAGGACCUGGCAGCCCAAGUGAAGGACGUGUCGGUGACCGUGGGCCUGGACAGCCGCUGCCACAUCGACCUGAGCGGCAUCGUGGAGGAGGUGAAGGUCCAGUAUGACGCCAUUGCGGCUCGCAGCCUGGAGGAAGCCGAGGCCUACUCCCGGAGACAGCUGGAGGAGCGGGCUGCCUGCUCAGCUGAGUUUGGGAACAGCCUCCAGAGCAGCCGCAGUGAGAUCACUGACCUCAACGUGCGCAUCCAGAGGCUUCGAUCCCAGAUCCUCUCCAUCAAGAGUCACUGCCUGAAGCUGGAGGAGAACAUCAAGGCGGCGGAGGAGCAGGGGGAGCUGGCCUUCCAGGACGCCAAAGCCAAGCUGGCCCAGUUGGAGGCCGCCCUGAACCAGGCCAAGCAGGACAUGGCCCGGCAGCUGCGCGAGUACCAGGAGCUCAUGAACGUCAAGCUGGCCCUGGACAUCGAGAUCGCCACCUACCGCAAGCUGGUGGAGGGCGAGGAGAGCCGAAUGGACUUGCCUUCAGCCGCCAUGGUCAGCGUGGUGCAGUCCACGUCCAGAACCGCUGCCUCCAAGUCUAGCCUUUCGAGAGCCCCCUCCCGGAAAAAGAAGAACAGAAAAGGCCCUGUGAUCAAAAUCACCGAAAUGUCUGAGAAGUUCCUGUCGCAGGAGUCAGAGGUCUCAGAGUAA